AUGGUCAGAAGAGCAUCAACCGCUGGUGCAGCAUCACAGUCUGGCGGCACACCUGGCAAGUGCCUAACAUGUUCGAAGUUUAACGAAAAUAUUGUCUAUCACUCAGUCAGGAUGGUGAGCAGGAAAGAAACUAAACUGAGUGCAGAUUCAAAUCGGAACGAGCUGAAUAGAGCACAUAAGAAUAGUGCUGGUGAAAUAAUACUGAAAGCGAAAUUUUGGUUUCGAAUCGAAAGAAAGAACAGUGGAUUAGAUGUGGUGGAGGAGAUUAUAGAUGCGGUAGUAUUCAAUCUUCGUUGUAUUUUUUCAGCGAUUGGACCAGGUGAUAUUGUGUGGGCACCGUACAGAAGAACUCCAGAAUGGCCGAGCGUUGUUCGUAAUAUCUAUCCAAAGAAAAUCACCUAUGUGUUCUUGCCACUACCGGAAGAUCAGGCCCUCAAAGCGCCAGUCUUUAAUUGUCCACCAAGCAAGGUUCACCUCUUUUCACAAGAUGACACUUUACCAGCAAAUGCGGAUGCGGCCAUGAAAGAAGCAUUUGAAGAAGCACUGAAACUGGCCAAAGAAAGAGGUCAGAUGGCGCCUCCUCGACCGGUUAUCAGCUCAGCAUCUCGUAAUGGAUCGUCAUCGACAAAGAAGGCCAAAAACGAAGAGGCAGUUGUGAGCAAUGCAGAAACAGGCUCAACACCAGCACAUUCGCAUCGCUCCAAAUCGAAUUCGAACGCUUCCUCGAUAACCAAUGGCAACAAACGAACGCUGAGUGGUGGAACAGAUAAUGAGAGUAGUGAUAAUAACACACUUGCGUCCACUUCGAAUAGAUUCACGCCCGCAGUUAACGAUAUCGUUUGGCUUAUUUCGGCUGGACAUCCGGCAUGGCCAGUCCUUCGUGAAAGAACAAAACUGAAAAUGAGGCGAUCAGAGAACAGCCGAAGUUGGGGCGAAGUAAUUGUGACAGUCGAAUCUUUCGUCAAACCCGAGGAGAAGGGCAAAGGUUAUCAACUUCUCCGGAUUCGUCAUGCAACCAAAAAACUCGUAAUGAUAGAUUCAUUCCCGUUGACUGGCAAAUCAGAACGUUACCCUCAGAGUGCUUGUGAGAAAUUUGAUCUGAGUGAACGUGCACUUGCUUCUGCUAUCAAGAGGGAGCACAAUCCGGAGUUGAAAGAAGCCUUGCAAGCAGUACAAGCAUAUAGACUUGAUGGAUCUGGAGAGGCGCCUGAAAAAGCGAUACCACAAAAAAGCAAGAAUAAAACAAAGGAAACGACAAGUAAUUCGAUUGAUGCAGAAAAAAAUGAUCAGCAUUCAGAAGAGAACGGGAAAACUGAAGAAGUGGUCAAGAAGGAGGACGAACAAGAAGACGACAGCAAGGCGGAUGUAGUCGGUGAGGGUGGAAAUGAACCGGAAAAAGAAGAUUCAAAAGAUGUUGUUAAAGCGAGCGAUGAGAAUAUCAAAAAGGAAAUAGUGGGAAAUAUCAACACAAGCAAAAGAGCCAAUAGAGACAGCGCAAAAGGUAUGCCUGGAAUUGCAAAAAAGAGAGCAAAGUUCUCAGAGGAAAUGCGCGACCUAGAGCAGGAAUUGGCGACGAAACUGGAGAAUCUGAAGAGGGGUGAGAUCGCGUGGGUGAAGUGUGCGUACGACGGUGGCAAAAUCGAGAAAUGGCCGAUUGUUGUUUUAAGCGUUGAUCGAUCGCAAAAAACAUGCACAUAUCUGCAGCUGCCGUGGGAUGAUGAAUGCGAUGAUAUCGAAGACGAAACGCAGACGGCUCCACUUGCUGAUAUAUUUCUUUACGAUUCAGUGGUGGUCGAUAAAGAAGACAUAUCAAACGAAGCUCUGAAAGUGGCAGUGAAUCAAGCUGAUGAGAUCUGUGAAGGGAAAUUCGAUCCACUGCAAAGUGUUGAUAGCAGUGUUAAUAAUGAUAAUGCGAACGUUGACAAUAAUAGUAAUGCUCAUGGGGAGGCAGACGUAACAUCAACACAAAAUGAUGUAACACCAUCGCCAGCACAAAACGGUUGUUAUUUAAAGCAAGAAGCGGAAGAAGGAAACAAUUGCGAAGUAGACGAGGAGGAGGAGGAGGAGGAUGAUGAAAAAAUGGAAGUUGAACGCGUGAACGCCGAAGAGAUAUCGGAGGGAGCGGCGCUUCCAGACGAUAUGAAACAAGAGGAGAAGAGAGUACCUUCAUUGGGAUUGUUGAAUGGAGAGGAGUUAUUCGAACGUUGUAUAUCACAAUCUUGUCGUAAACAUUUAUUGAGUAUUUGGAUCAAAAUGAAACAGUCGAAUAGACACGCGCAAUACGAACAACGGUUUAGCACGCAUACACCACUGCAAUUUCAAGUACAAAUUGGUAAUUUAAUACCAAACGAAGAUGUGAUUCGACUGAUGGAUGUUCUGGAAGGUUGGAUAAGACAAUUCAAAGCAUCUGAAAAAUCCGUUACUCGUCGAUUGCAUUACGUCGUAUCUGUAGCACUACCUGAAGCUUUGGUCUAUGCAAUAUCUGAAUUAAUGCAAUGUUCUGAAAUGGAAGCGAAUAAAAUUCUUGAGAAUGCAACGGCAAAUGAUGCAACACACACGACUGAUACUGAUGAACAAAUGAAUUUACCAUUGAAUACGCCUGCUGCACCUCUGCAACACCUGCUGAGAGCCGUUUCAAAGGCUCGUAGCGCAACUUUGGCAACUGGUGACGAUAGCACUAACAAUGAUAAUGAUAUGUAA